AUGGCUUCAGAUAUCGACUACCGGCGCGAUCAUGCCUUCAGCUACGCACUCUACGGCAUUCAAUCACCACCCAAGGACGAUCACGUCUUGCUCCGAGUACAACAUUGGAGCUCAUCAGCAGACCGGACAGAACGCAAAGUCGGCAAUGCCGCGAAUACAUUGCACGAAGAAGAAGACAUUACUUCUGCUAACCACGAGGAAGAUCUAGGUCUCUGGGUCGGGCUCCGGCCAGCUAGAGGUGGUGUCCUACGCCAACACGAUCCCGAACCCGUCGGCGACGACACCGAGACACAGACAGCCCUUGCCGAGAUUAAGGGCAGGAUCAAGAAGACUAAAAACAUGACAUCCAGAUCAGUCGACUCCCUUUCAGAGUUGAGCGCUCUUCCAAUCUGGCCGCUAGAGGCCGACAUGACGAGAGUUGUGGUCAAAUACAACACCAAGCGUGCCGACAAGAAACUGACGUACUUUGAGCUCGUCAAUCGCGAUCCGGUGACAAAGCUAUGCGUAGCACGAACCGUAAAUGCUGCUGAUUGCUUCUUCUUCCAUGCGUACCGGGAUGACUCUGUGUCUACCUACGGUGGCCGAGCGAAAGGCUGGGGACACGUCAUCAGAGACUACAUGACUGCGGGCAUGAACGUCCCGUUGGAUGUCAUCGCUAUGAUCAACCGCUUUGCCGUCGCGGCAGAGGAGUGGAUGCUUGAUGAGAUCGCACGCGCCAUCACAGAGACAGACGAAGAGAUAAGAAGUGCGACCGUACCGCAGGUCAUCGCCAUCUAUCGCCUUCUGGAUAUCAACGCUACAUUCAAAGAAGCCGACGCCCAAGAGGCUCACCUCUGGAUGACGAACAUGUUCCCGAACUUGAUGGCAACGGGUACUCUCACAUCACAGAACUUGCUUAAGUACGCGGCCGACUUGCGCCGGAGCCAGACCUUCCAAACCUACAGCGAUCUCCGAGACGGCUUAGGCGUAUAUCUGCUCGAAGUCGUGCUUUGUGCAGGUAGUCAGCCGAUCGCUGGGAGCAUUGUCAAUACCUGGGAAGAGCGGAGUGCACUUCGGCGCUUGUUCACUGACGAGAAUGCCUUGCCACCGUCAUCACAUAUCAGGGAAGCGCCUGAAGACCUACGCUCAUGGCUCCGGAACCAUCUUGAACUGGUAGACUUCAUGGUCGAUAUACACGGCAACAUACCAGUGGCAGUCAUGCAACGCUACGGCGCUGCCGUCUACAAUGCCAAUGUGGUACAGCUAUUGGGAAACAUAUCACAGCCAGCCCGUGACGAGCCCGCCAAACACUUGAUCAUACAAGCGGUCCAGUAUGCAGCAAAAGAGAUCAUGGCGAAGUGCAAUGGGGUCAUCACGAAGAUGGAGCCGUACAUGGAGGAGCUGAAGUCGGCCAUCAAGAGUCUUGUGGAGGAGCAGAGUGACGACGAGGACAUGAUGGAAGAGGACUAG